UUUUCCUUCAAAUUUGUACGCACCCAGACAGCCCGUUGUCAAAUUAUGAAUACUGAGAACAAUGGUUACGAUCAAGUCGAGCCUCCUGCAUGAGCCAUGGAAGCCUUUAACCGCCUUUCCUCCUUGGGAGCUAAGUUCGUGUCUUCCCCUUUCUUACAGGAAGACCCCAACGUGAUCGUUCGGUCUCCCGGGGCUGAUUUCACUCCUUCUUCAGCUCUUUUGGAAUGUCGCCCCUUCAUUGAGGAAGAUUUCUUUCGUCGUCCUCUUCCAGAUACUGAGCGCCGGUGUUUCCUCUUUGAGUGCCCUAAGAACACCAUUCGUGCCUACGAUCCACCUGAACUCAAUAAGAAUCUGGACACUAUUCAUAAGCGAUCUAUGGAGUUUGUCAAGGUUAUUCACGAGCUUCUGUUCGACCUGGCGUCGCAUAUUACCAAGCAACGUACUUCUAACAUGUUCCGCGGUAUUUCCACUUCUUGCGGCCCCCCUUCUGAUGAAUCUCAGAGCUACCUCUUGGACCCCAAAGAUAUGCUCAAGCUUCUACACGUAGACGCUCCAGAUCUUGUCCUAGUAUCCAUUAGAGGCUCGACUUUUAGUGGUUACACGACGACAUCUAAUACCACUACUGACAACGCUUCUACUGUUCAGUCAAAAUCUGUUCAACAACAGCGAGGUUUUCAAUCUCGCCGCAACAUCACCAAGUGGCCUUGGUUGUUCCCGCCCUCUUCUCCCUGUUUCUUCUCGAAAGAUGGCCAAAGUAAGGAAACAGUCGCUAAGGACGACAAAUUUACUUCUGAAUUACCUGUUAUUGCCUUCGAAGAAAAUGAUGUUGUUAUUUCUACUUUAUUACUAAAUGCUGAUGAUAUCUAUUCUUCUUUUACGACUAUAAAUGAUUUGGAUUUUGAACAAACUGAUGAAGAUGAAUUUAAUGAUGACAAGACAGAUAAUGGAGUUAGUUUUGCCACAAAUGAAGAACAAGAUAGUACUCAAGGUGAUAAUGAAGAUGUUGACGACGUAGUAACUAAAGAUGAUAGCAAUGAAGCUCAAAACAAAACAUCUCCAUCAAAUGAAGGAAAAGAUGACGCUAACGAACAUCUAAGUUACAAGAUGCAACUCUUUUUGAAAGCUGAAAAACUUUGCAUCAUGAUACAUAUUCCACUAUCAGGGAUUUUGCAACUCAACAACAGGUUGCCGAUGCACUUAAAGUUUUAGAGGAAGCUUAUUCACAAAUUAAAAAUCCAGUAAUCAAUAUUGAUCAGCUCAAGCCACCUUCAACAAACUUGAAUAGAAAAGGUAGACACUCUUCUAAGAAGGGAGUUAAAAGUGGAACCAAACGCUGCAGAUUUAUAAAGGGCAC